AUGGAAAUACUGAUCCCAUCAAAGUUCACUGUAGUAGAUGAGGAUUAUGAGUUUAAAACCAUAGAACUUGGAAAUGAUUCAAACGAAAAUCUAGAAAAUGUCGGAAUGUCAGCCACUCAAUCAUGUAGAGAAUAUCAAUUUGACUUAGGAGAUAUGAUCAUAAGAUUUAUUGAUAGAACGCAUUAUCGUCCAGGUGAUAUAUUUCCAGCACUUAAAGAACAGCUUCCUGCAUUCAAAAAUGGUGUGAAAUUUUGUAAAAUUGAUGAAACAGGCUUUACAGAAAGUUGGAAAAGAUCCGUCGCUGAAUCUGUAAGACUCUUUGAAUAUCUUUGCCUCCAACAGCUUAUUCAAACAAAUGUUAAUCUGAUUAAAGAUCGACAAAAAGAGAUUGAUAGUUGCACUGAAUUUAUUCAGGAUCUUAAAAAGAGAUUAUAUAUUCCACAACAAUACCUUGACUCAAAAAAACAUAGAAUGAUAUGCACUGGUUGCAAUUACGAAUGCGUAAGCGGAAAAAUAAACUACAAAUCCCAUUGUCAUGAACAUUGUUAUUUGAAUGAGGUUGAGCCUGGACUUCUUAAUAAUGCUGCAUUAUUGAAUUGUUGGGAUAUUCAAAAAAAUGGAACUUGUUGCGUAUGUGGCUGCAAUUAUGGGAAACAUAUGCAUAUAACUUAUGAAUUUGAUUACAAAACUAAAAAUAUUAUUGAUGAAAGUGUGGAAAGACAGAUUAAUGAUAAAAAAGCAUUUCAACACACAAAAGAAAGUACCAUAAGAGAUUGCGAACAAAGACGAAAGCAACUAGAAAGUGAACAAAAGAUUAUAACUAAAAUUAAUAUAAUAUUUGUGAAAUUUCUAAGACAAAGUGCAAUAGCCACAUUUAAUGAUUCAUAUUCUGAAUAUCUAGAUCAUUUCAUACGUGAAGAAAGGAUCAAACAUAAUGCAAUUAUUGAAGGGCCUGAAAAGACAAAAAGAGAAUAUCAAGAAAAAAUUGAGGUUAUAAAGAAAGCACUCGCAGCUAAUGAUUCUUCUGAAGAUUUAAUCACCCAGAAGAUAUUGUUAGAUAUGAAAAGGAAUUGUAUAAUUUGA